AUGGCGACAAAGACAGAAACGUUGCCCGGAAGCUACCCCCGGCCGGGGCAUUCGGACGAUGACACAGAAGAGUUUCGCCAAUUGGCCACUCUGGCCAAGGCGCUGACCGAGAUGACUUGCACUGGGGCUGGCCAUGCUGCCAAUGGGGGAUCCUGGGUCCUCAAUGGUGCCGGUCAACUUUCUUGGUGGGGGACCAAGGCGACGUACAGUGGGGCAAGUCACCUCGCCCGCUUGGCGUUCGCUGCGGCCACCAGUCCCCACGUGCAGGUACAGGAGGAAGAUUCCGGGGCAGACGUCAAGCCCGUCAUGCGAGGUCCUCCGAGAAGCAACGAUUCCAAGAUGCCGGCCAUGGUCAGGACUGAAAGCACACAGCCGGUACUACCGAUUGCCAGCGAGUCCAGUGAUACUACUCCUCUCCGGGAGCCCCACCCGCUGGUCCACAGGCUCUUGAACCCUGCCUAUACUGACGGUACCAUCUGCGCCAGGCCGUCAGGAAUCAAGGGUACCCAGCUCGACACUGUUGCCAACCUGGUUCGAAGGAUCCGGAGCGCUGGUAACUUGGGAGGACAUCAGAGCAAGACGUCACGGGAGGGGGCCGGAUCCACAAACACAGACCAGGCGACGCCCAAGGCUGGCGGUGGGGAUAUGGCGGUGUCCUUGGCUGAUCAUGCUGGCAAGGUGAGGGGGAAAGAUGACUCGUCACCAGAUGCGGUCAAGUCACUCAAGAGCCCGACAGAAGGCAGUGACGGGGCGAACAACUCGGCAAAGGGCGGGGAAGGGCCGACAAGCAAACCCAUCGCUGCCUCGCACGACGACAACGGAUCCACGCAGGUUGCCGGUCCUAAUUCUCUACGGUCCUCAUACCUGCCCUCCGCCAAGGCUUGCGCUCUCACUGGGCUGGGGGCGCUCAUCGCCGCUGGCGGCUUGUACUCCGCAUACCAGAGCCAAACGCUCCACUCGGGCAUCAAUGAGUACGUUUCACCCGCGCUCACGAGCCUCAACGCCACUCUGAAUUCGGCUCUUGAAGACGAACGAGUCACCAAGGCUGCUUCGUGCUUGACAGACUUUACUGAGGCGAGGCUUACGAACGGUUACUGGAUGUUGAACAAAACAGGGCAAGCGUUGGGAUUCGGGGCGAGCGUUGCCGGAUACAUCGCAUCGAGUAGUCUGUGGGUUGCCAGCGCACUGGCCAAGGUGGGCGGUGAUGGUUGGGAUGAUACCUACGAACCGAUGGAUUGA